AUGUGGACAACGAACCAAUUGCGUAUGCUUAUUGAUGAGCGAAAAGAAAAAAAUAGUCAGUACCAUGAACUUGCGGGUAAUGGGAAAAUUAUGUUUUGGCAAGGUGUUGCAAGCCAUAUUAAUCUCGAAUUUGGGACCAAUUAUUCGGAAACUCAUUGUAAAGAAAAAUUUCAAGGAUUAAUACAAGACUAUAAAAAAAUGAAGUUAUAUAUUGAAGGAAGCCUUAAUGGUAAACAAACCAAAAUUGGUUGUAAAUAUUAUAAGGAGUUUCAGAUGCAUUUUUGGGAAAAACCAAAAUAUGACCGUAUAUGUAUGCAAAACAUACAAGCACACUAUAGAAGUAUGGAAAGUCUGGAAUGUGAUCAUAUGCAAAUACAAACAAACCAACAAGAUCUUCCCCCUUCUUAUAAAGAUAUUGAAAAUAAUCAUGAUACCGUAGAUAGAGAUAAUAAUUGUAAUGGUAGAUAA